AUGUUCGGUAUAAUUUCCACUUCAGAUAUUCUGAUGGUGUUUUUAAUUAAUGCGCAAAUCCAGAAAGCAUUAAUACUUUAUUAUGUCGAAUGUGAUAGCAGCUCUGAAAUGAAAAGUUUCAUGUUUCGAAUAAUUUUCAUCGCUUUUCCAGUGAAAAAUCUUAGUUUUGACAGUCUGUUGGCAGCAUCAAUGACAGAUUUCUUUAAGGGUUCUCAUCGUUCUCGUAAUUCACCUGAUGAGCGUUGA